GUCAAAGAUGUAGAGCCGCCAUAUUGUGUUUGCUCUGGGCAUCGCGUAUUGCGGAGGACUCGCCAUAAAUUUUAUGCUACUUUGCAAGUGAAAUGUAGCUGCCAAUCACUGGUUCCCUGCCUGAACCAGUCAGUCUGUGCACAUUGCAGCCACCGGUUGUGUUGGUAACCUUUAUGGAGUAGUAUGGGAAGUGAAUUUGGCCUUCUAAGAAUGGAUAUCAUUGUGGCCGUCGCCAUAGGGAUAUUAUGCUUCCUCUUUGUCGCCUCGUUGGGUGUACUCGUGGUCAUCUGUCGACAUCGGUACUGUCGUAUGCUAGAUCUGACUCUCAAGGAAAAAGUUAAUCACGGCUCCAGGUCAAGUAACGUGACCUUAGUAAGCCACGCCGAGCUUCCCGAUGAAAACUAUGAAGUGGAGCUGAACGACGUUUGUUGGAACAACGCCAACCUGGAGGAACUACUAGACGACGAUGCCAAAUGGGUCGAUGAUGCUAGUGGUCUGAUUCCACACUGCAUCGGCAUCCUGAAAACGUGCCAUCACCUGACGGAGAAGCUGGUUGCCAUGACAAUGGGCAACCCCGUGUCCGUCAAGAAGCCAGAGAGCCUUAGUGAGAUUGUCAAAGUGGCUAAGCGUAUAAGCCCAAGAGUGGACGAUGUAGUUCGGUCCAUGUACCCACCCUUGGAUCCCAAGCUGAUUGAAGCUAGGUCAGCGGCCCUCCUGCUGUCCGUCAACCACCUGGUCCUGGUCACCAAGCAGGCCUGCCGCCUGCCAACCUCGGUCCAGUGGAUCGACAGCUCCCUAGGGGAGAUGGAGGAGCACCUGACGGCUCUCCGAGAGAUCGCGCUGGCCAGCGAGGCGGAUUCUGCUGCCGGGUCCAUCUCGUCUGGCACGGAGAGCGCCCAUCAGCCCAUGCUGCGCAACGACUUCGGGUACAAGAAACCUCAACCCCCGGGGCCUAGCUCCAAUUCCCUCGUGUGAUGGUCGCCGGACGGUCAGUUUGUCUUAUACCCCUUUUUUUUUAAAACCAAGCUACCUUAUAUCACUGAGAACUAAAUAUAAUAGCCCCCUAGUAGUUCCUCAGGACUACCCUGCUAAAUCCAACAGAGUCCAGCCGGAGUUUCCUGCUCCAUCCACUGUGCCUUAUUUUCAGUUGUCUGCUGAAUCCAACGGAGACCAAAUUGGUGUUAUGCGGUUCAGUUGCCUGCUGAAUCCAACAUUUUGCAUCAGGAAUGUACACAAGGGGUUUCCUGCUCAAUCCAACAAGCUCCAUUGGGUAUAUGAUAUAGUGGGUUAGGGUUAAACAUUUGAGUUUCAACAGUGUUAAAGUCGUAAUCCUGUGAGUAUAAGAGUUGUUGAUCUUAACCAUGCAACAGAAUUAUGCUGGGCUCUGUUGUUACAGGUUGUAAACCAAAGACCAUUUGUUUGCGUCGUGUCUUCUGCUAAAUUCAGCUGGUGUCAAAAGAAAUCAGUACAUUCUGUGUUACCCUUGUUUCAUUAGACCCUCCAAAACAUUUCAAUUUUAUUUGCAAAAUGCCCCGUGUUUAAAUAAAUACCAAGAUAGCAAUAGCAAUCUUCUGAUCAAUGAGUGCUCCCCUGAUAUCCGAGGAUUCACCGGGGCUGUGCUGAAUAAACUGAAUAUUCGAUCACCGACCGAAUAUUUGAAUAGCUAAUUACCAGUUUGAAUAUUCAAAGAAGAAAAAUUAAAAUACCCACGUAGGGUUGAGGCUGUAUGGCAAAAAAAUUAAUGUGUGGCUGAUUUUGGAGGAUGCACUGUGUCAAGGGCUUAGGCUGGACCUUGUGCUGUUUAUGCUCAGGCGUGCAUACAUUUAGGCCUAGAUUAUACUGGAAAUCCUCCGCACUGCUCCAGGAUGUCACUGGCUCUGCCUCAAGAUAUUGACAGCGAUUGCCGGAGGCUUUUGCAGGAUUGAGACAGUGGUCACCCCUCCAAGGACCACAUUCAAGAAACGUUGGACAAUUUUGGAGGAUUGGGGCUAUUUUUACAUGGUGGCAGUUGGAGGAUUUUGCAGGAUUGAGGUAGCUUCCUAACAAAAAUGCCUAGGGGGUUAGGGUUAAUCACUUUGCAGCCAGUACACUGGUUCUUAGAGUAAGGCGACUGUUUCCUGCCACAUUUCCCCCCAUUCUACUUGCUUGCUUUUUCAAUUCUAAGUUUCGUGUGUAAAUAUGUAGUGCCAUCAGUGUGGAGCUAGUUUUCUUGGGUGUAACGGCAUGUGGAUGCUAUUUGAUCUCGACAAUUGUACAUAAAGAAAAAUUCAGAGUAAUUUGAAUUUAAAUAUAUUUUAUAUUAGAGAUACAUUUAUACGUGAUAUACAAUAUUUUUAAUUCAAUUUUCAUGUUGGAUGUCAUCUUAAAAUUAAGAAACCUUUAUAAACAUAUUUCCCCUAUACUCGUAAACAUAUUUGCCAUUGUUAACAUAUCAAAUAGUUGGUCUAUUGGUGGUUUAGUGCGAAUAAUUUCUUUUGUAAAUAAAUGCUUGCCUCGUGAUCAUGGGCAGAUUUAGACAA